UGCAGGCAGGCUGGACCCACCUUGGCUUGAGCGCAUCGGAAUAAAGCCAGGACAAUGCAUUCCUGCCAAUUGUAAACAUCGGGGAUAUGUAUCCACUUAGCAUUGGCUUUUUGGGAGGGGCCAAGGGAAAGCUGCGCUUUUAUUGAAUAGAGCUGUGUGUGUCUGUGUGUGUGUGUGUGUGUGAGAGGCUGCUGCCGUGCCUUUCUCCAGCCGGGCUUUAUUCAUUUCCUUCCUCCGAGCUGGGAACUUCGCAGCCCGAGUGCCUGUAAUAACCAUUGGGAUACUCAAAGAAUCCCUUGGGAGCUGAAGAGGCAGCAUCUUCCAGGCUCAGGGGCAUCACAUCUGGUAUCACCUUGUUUUUCUGGAGUCAUCAUUUUGAUCCAUCAAGCAGCUGGUUUGUUACUGAAAAGCUCAGAAUAUUUCCUCUGAUUGUCUUCCUAUUUGGAUCUUUCCAGAGCUUGGAACGCUUAAACAGCCGCCAUGGAUGACUUUGAACGCCGCAGAGAGCUCAGGAGGCAAAAGCGUGAGGAAAUGCGCCUGGAAGCAGAGAGGCUGUCCUACCAGAGAAACGAUGACGAUGACGAAGAAGCCGCCAGGGAACGUCGCCGGCGGGCUCGGCAGGAGAGGCUGCGGCAAAAGGAAGAGGGAGAUCUCUCAGGAGAAGUAACAGAGAAAUCCGAGGUUAAUGCCCAAAACAGCGUGGCAGGAGAGGAAAGCAAGCGCUCUACAGAUGAUGAGGCCGCUUUGUUGGAGAGGCUGGCGAGACGGGAGGAGAGACGCCAGAAACGUCUGCAGGAAGCCCUGGAACGCCAAAAGGAAUUUGACCCCACGAUCACAGAUGGGAGCUUGUCACUGCCCAGCAGGAGAGAAGUAAACAAUGUGGAAGAAAAUGAGACCACGGGGAAAGAGGAGAAGGCUGAAACGCGCCGAGGACGCUGUGAGGUUGAGGAGACGGAAACAGUUACCAAAUCGUACCAAAGGAACAACUGGAGGCAAGAUGGGGAAGAAGAGGGAAAAAAAGAAGAAAAGGACAAGGAGGAGGUACAGGAGGAGAAACCAAAGGAGCUCCCCAUAGAGGAAAAUCAGGUAGAUGUGACAGCAGAAAAAUCCACAGAUAAAGAAGAGGCAGUAACUGUAAAUGCAGAGGAGCACAAAGCAGAGAAUGAUACAAAUGCUGUGCCAGAAGGGACGCAAAGUGUAACUGAUGCUGUAGAUAAAGAGAAGCUUAGGGAUGAGGAAAAAGCUGAGGAAGAAAGGAAAGAAGCAGAGGAAAGGGAGAGGUUAAAAGCAGAGGAAGAGAAGAGGGCAGCUGAGGAAAAACAAAAAGCAGAGGAAGAGAAGAGGGCAGCUGAGGAAGCUAAGGCAGAAGAGGAGAAGAGGGCAGCUGAGGAAAGAGAGAGGGCUAAAGCUGAAGAGGAGAGGAGGGCAGCUGAGGAAAAACAGAAAGCUGAGGAGGAAAAGAGGGCAGCUGAGGAGAGGGCAAAGGCAGAAGAGGAGAAGAGGGCAGCUGAGGAAAAGGCUAAACUAGAAGCAGAGAAAUUAAAGCAAAAACAAAAGAUGGAAGAACAGAAAAUAGAAGAUAAACAGGUAAAAGAGAAGAAAGUAGAAGAUGAAAAACCUCAAGCAGCUUUCUUAAAAAAGCAGGAGGAAGAAAAAGUGGAAGCUAAAAAGGAAAAGCUGCCAGAAGAGAAGCUCCAAGCUACCUCCAUAAAAGAUCAGGUAAAAGAUGACAAAGGCAAAGCACCCAAAGAGGAAAUGAAAAGUGUCUGGGAUCGCAAGAAGGGUGUUCCUGAGCAAAAGGCGCAGAACGGAGAGCGUGAGCUCCCCGCCUCCAAACUCAAACCGACUGAGAACGCUUUUGGGCGCUCGAAGGGGAGCGCGAACGCGGAGGAGGCCAAGCCGGGCGUGGAGGCCCUGAAGAGGCUGGAGGAUCAGCGGCGCCGCCGGGGCGAGAACGAGAGCGAGGAGCUGGAGAAGCUGAAGGAGAAGCAGCAGGAGGCGGCAGCAGAGCUGGACGAGCUGAAGAAAAGGCGGGAGGAGCGCCGGAAAAUCCUGGAGGAAGAGGAGCAGAAGAAGAAGCAGGAGGAGGCUGAGAGGAAAAUCAGAGAGGAGGAGGAAAAAAGGAGGAUGAAGGAAGAAAUCGAACGAAGAAGGGCUGAAGCUGCUGAGAAACGCCAGAAGAUGCCAGAAGAUGGUGUAUCUGAAGACAAGAAGCCCUUUAAAUGUUUCAGUCCUAAAGGCUCAUCUCUCAAGAUAGAGGAGAGAACAGAAUUCUUGAACAAAUCUGCUCAAAAGAGUGGUAUGAAACCCACCCAGACAACAGCAGUUGUCUCGAAGAUUGACAGUAGACUUGAGCAGUACACCAGUGCAAUUGAGGGCACAAAGGCUUCAAGACCAGCUAAAGCUUCUGACCUUCACGUUCCAGCUGAGGGUGUCCGCAAUAUCAAGAGCAUGUGGGAGAAAGGGAAUGUUUUCUCUCACCUUCUGGGACAGGAACACCAAAUAAGGAAACUGCUGGACUGAAGGUUGGUGUCUAUCAACGUGACCAAGCCCCAGAGAGCAACAAA